AUGGCUUUGUACAAAGUGAUCUGUGUGGCGACUCUGCUGACUCUCCUGACACAAGAGUCUCACUCACAACUAAACGUGUGUGGUCAACCUACGCUCAACACCAAGAUUGUUGGAGGACAGGUGGCCUCUGCAGGAAAAUGGCCCUGGCAGGUCAGUCUGCAAACCUAUGGGUUCCACUUCUGUGGAGGAUCCCUCAUUAACAAUCAAUGGGUGCUGACUGCUGCUCACUGCUUCGCAAGCACAGGCAUAACCACACGCACUCUGACUGUGUCUCUGGGUCGCCAGACUCUACAGGGAUCAAACCCCUAUCAAGUGUCUCGGACAGUAUCACAGAUCAUCAUUCAUCCCAGCUAUAACGCCUACAGUAGUGACAACGACCUCUGCCUCCUGAAGCUCUCAUCAACGGUGACGUUCACUACCUACAUCCAGCCCGUCUGCCUGGCAGCCACAGGCAGCACCUUCUACAAAGGCACUGAAGCCUGGGUCACCGGCUGGGGCACCACUGGAUCUGGAGUGCCCCUUCCUUACCCAGGAAACCUAAUGGAAGUGCAGGUGCCGAUUGUGGGGAACAGACAGUGCAACUGCAACUACAGAGUGGGCACAAUCACAAGCAACAUGAUCUGCGCCGGGUUAAGUGCUGGAGGGAAGGACUCCUGUCAGGGGGAUUCAGGAGGUCCUCUGAUGAGCAAGCAGGGCGGUCGCUGGAUCCAGGAGGGAAUUGUGAGUUUUGGAAUAGGAUGUGCCCUGCCUAAUUUCCCAGGGGUCUACACCCGAGUGUCUCAGUAUCAGUCCUGGAUCAACAGCCAGAUCACCAGCAACCAGCCAGGCUUCCUCACCUUCACGUCCACUGGGACUGACGGUGACCUCAAUGUCACCUGUCCUGGCCUGCCACCAUCACCAUCAACAACUCCACCUAUUAGGCCGACUGCCACGUCCAACUACCUGGAAAUUCCCUCUAGAUCCAUGUGUGGUUGGCCUACGCUCAACAACAAGAUUGUUGGGGGACAGGUGGCCUCUGCAGGCAGCUGGCCCUGGCAAAUCAGUCUGCAGACAAAUGGGUUCCACUUCUGUGGAGGGUCCCUCAUUAACAAUGAAUGGGUGCUGACUGCUGCUCACUGCUUCUACGGCACAGGCAUACCCCCAAACACUCUGACUGUGGUUCUGGGUCUCCAGAGUCGAAAGGGUUCAAACCCCAAUCAAGUGACUCAGACAAUCUCACAGACCAUCAUUCAUCCCGACUAUAACCCCAAUAAUCAUGACAACGACCUCUGCCUCCUGAAGCUCUCCUCACCGGUGACUUUCAGCAUCUACAUCCUGCCCGUCUGCCUGGCAGCCACAGGCAGCACCUUCUACAACGGCACUGUAGCCUGGGUCACCGGCUGGGGCAGGAUUGCAACUGGAGUGUCCCUUCCAUCCCCAGGAAACCUGAUGGAGGUGCAGGUGCCGGUUGUGGGGAACAGACAGUGUAACUGUAACUACGGAGUGGGCAGGAUCACAGACAACAUGAUGUGCGCCGGGUUAAGUGCUGGAGGGAAGGACUCCUGUCAGGGGGAUUCAGGAGGUCCGAUAGUGAGCAAGCAGGGCGGUCGCUGGAUCCAGGAGGGAAUCGUGAGUUUUGGAAGAGGCUGUGCCGAGCCUAAUUUCCCAGGAGUCUACACCCGAGUGUCCCAGUAUCAGUCCUGGAUCAACAGCCAGAUCACCAGCAACCAGCCAGGCUUCAUCACCUUCACGUCCACUGGGACUGACGGUGACCUCAGCGUCACCUGUUCUGACCUGCCAGCACCUCCAACCACCCCCAAUUUAACAACUCUCACUCAAACAACCAUGGCCCCACCUGUGGUCUGUGGCCAAGCCCCACUGAAUUCACGUAUUUUGGGAGGAAGCUCUGUGGCAACAGCUGGUGUUUGGCCAUGGAUGGCGAGCCUACAGAACAAUGGAAGUCAUGUGUGUGGUGGGACUCUGGUGGCUUUGGACUUUGUGUUGAGCGACGCCAACUGCUUUUCAAGUUCACCCAUAGCGUCUGAAUGGACUGUCGUUUUGGGUCGUUUGAAUCAGAAUGGAUCCAACCCCUUUGAGGUGACACUGAAAGUGACAAAUAUCACUGUGAGCAACAUCACUGGGUCUAAUGUAGCAGUGCUGCGUCUGGCAACCAGACCCACCCUGUCCAACCACAUCCAGCCCAUCUGCCUGGACAACGGACAAACCUUCACUGUGGGCUCGACGUGCUGGGCUGCUGGCUGGAGCGCCGGGCAAGGAGGGGGUGAGUCCAUAACACAGUCUGACACAGUAAUGCUAACUCUGCACCAUUUCACCUCUUUAGAUUAA